GAAUUUUGUGCGGCUUUGUUUUUUUACUUCUAGUAGUACUAGACUGAAAAUCCAACACCCAUCGUCGGUGUCACAAAACCCUCCAAAAACGCCCACACACGCUCCGAGACCAUCAAGAGGUAGGCCCGAACGUGCACGGCGGAUAGGGACGGGUGUGGCACUGUGCGGCACUGUGCGGCACUGUACGACACGACACGGCACACGAACGAAUGGGACUCCGAGCGGCGGACCAACUGGUUGCGGAACUCGCUGCCAACCGGGUGGGGAACGACCUGAAACCCACCGAGGAACAGCGCGAGCUGAACAUACCGCGGUUCCUUGUGUACCUGCUKGGGAUCGCCAUUGCCGAGGACGAAUACCAGCAGAACGGGAACGAGAAACCACCGGGCCGGAACCCGCCAGCCGCAGACGAGAAGAACCGGUCACCGUCGCACCCCCGCCCGCAUUGCUUUUCGCACGCCCGGGAAAAACGCUUYGCGGCCCUGCAGAAAMAGUACUGGGCCGCUCUGAACKGCCCCGGGGCCGGCGCCCCCAGCGCGGAACARGCAUCGUGGAUGGCCUCGUCGCUGACCUCCGAGCCGUACAGGCUGACCGCGAGGGUGCACCCGUCGAACAAGCAGAACGAGAUCGUCCGGCGCGACCUCUGGAGGGAGUGCGAAAAACUCGAAUCCCUCUCCCGCGCGGCGCUGGAAUCCCUGCUGAGAGAGGAGGAAUCCCGCGCGUCCGCAAGGAACAACAAGCCGGCAGGGGGCAAGAAACAACGAAAGAACAAGCAGAACAAGCACCAGCCGCAACCGGCUGCCAGCAAGAAAGAGGACAAUGCACCAGACGACACGGGGGACGGGGAAAAAAGGAAUGCCCGGGAAAGAGAAGGUGGACGCACAGCGGAGAAUUCUCCUUGCGGUGACAACAAGGCGGAAGAWAGCCCGUGGGUGGAAAUCAAAAGGAGGGGGGACGAAAGGGCCGAGAGAAAUUCUUCUCUGGGCGAUGCCAUCCCCGAGGGCAGAGACACGAUCGKGCAGGAUGUUGCGAUUCCCGUUGCCGUCUCGAAAAGGGACCCAGGACUUCCCCCGGAACGCGACGGAAUCGAGCACGGCACCGGCCAGAACAACGCCYCGCCUUUGCCAGAGCGAGAUCUUCGCAGCGACCCCGUCGACACGAUUAUCAGGAGCAUAUCCUCGCCACYGGGACCACAGCCGGAGAGCCCUUUUUUGAACCCGAACAAUGCUUCCGCCUCCAUCGCCGACGAUCCGAAACCCGGCGSGCUAUCCGAGAGAACGGAGGCCCUGGAGCGAGASCUGUCGGCUGCAAACGACCUGCUGGAGAGGGAGCGGCUCACGCACGCAAAAGCGCUGCGGGAACAAAAGGAAAAAUACGAGAACCUCAUCCAGGCSCUKCAGCUCCGUCUCUACAUUAGCGAAAACAAGCUGCGGACCUACGAGGAAGCGCUGGAGGGCCACGUCCAGGCCGUUUCUGCGGUGUGCAGCAGCGGCAAAGCUAGCGCAAAGAGAUCCGAGGAAGCAGAGCGCAUUCCUGGUUCGCCCUCGCUCAUCUCGAGGGUCCUCGAACACAACAAAAAGGGCAACGGGAAAGCGGGAGAUCGCAUCUGGUAACCAAACCAACAGCCCAUCCCUUAAAAACAAAGGGACUCUCCGUUU